CUACAAAAUGCUGAGAGCCGCCGCUGCUUCCGCUCUCCGUCACGUUCGGAUGCCUUGGCUCGGCGGCGGCAGCAGCGUCCGUCGUUUGUGUUCCUCCUCCGAUAAUCCGAAUCCAUAUGGCUGCUAUUUGUAUUCUGAAACGGAAGCCAGAGAACUGUUCAAAACCUGGUGCAAGAAAUAUGGCAAAACAUACUCUUCGGAAGAGGAGAAACUCUUCAGGGAAACUCUUGAAUGGUGCACCUGCGAAAACCAGAAGCAUGAUCUCGGCCUCAACCCCUACAGUCAUGCUGAUCAAACCAAGGAGGAAUUUCUGAGACGUACCAAUCCGCGGAGGUAGGAAAUUUUACUAUGAUACCCGUGUAUUAGUUAACGUAGCAGCAUGUUCUAAACUAACUGUUUUGGAAGUCGUGUGAGGGGUAUGGAUUUAUUUUCUAAUUAUACAACAGCCUUCUACCUUUUCAAGUGUUAAUUACUUGGUGUGGCUAUGAUCCUUUCUAAUUCACGACCAUUUUAAAAUGGAAUAGUUUGGAAAAGAAGAACUCAAUUUUAAUGCGAAAAGAAAAAGCUGAUAUUCUUCAAUGUAGGCUUAAUAGAUUUGGAAAUGGGAUGCAUUCAUCAUGUUGCAAUUGAGCACAUAUUCACAGCACCAAUUAGCCUAGCUAUAUAAACAGGUAAAGACAGAUCGAUCGGUGGCUUUGCUGUAUAUAAUGGUAUAUGCAUUCAUCAUGUUUUACUACUUCUAUUUGCUAUUUGGAGGACGGGUUCCUGUUAGGACAAAGGAUAUUGCAAGGGCCUUCUUUUGAUGUUUGUAUUGAUCAGAAUAUACUAGACUCAUGGAUUAAUAAGGGUCCGAGAAGUUCUAAGAAAUACACCUUUAGUGCAAGCUUUGAAUCACAUUGGAUUCAUCAGUUUAGUAGCCAAAAUAAAUUACACUGAUUCGAGCAUAUUGUUUUCCAUAGAAAAAUUUGGAGUAGAUUACAUUGAUUCAUUUUUUUUUAUAAGCCAAAAGUUUGCAUUAAAAAUGAGUACAAGGGUAUUCCAACACUUAAUACAAUAGGUAUACUAUAAUUACAAAGAAAGAAGAAAGAAAUACAGAAAAACAGGACAAAAUAACCUCUGUGCAAAAACCAUAAGGACUACAAAUUCCUCAAAAGCCAAGUUGUCAGCAGCAAAAACGCAAUGCAAAAAGAGAAAGCAUCCAGCAUGGCCCAAAAGCAAAGCCAAAAUCCAUCAGAGGCAAGGCAAAACAAAUUAUCAACGAAGCCAAAGAUAAUGCAGAGUCUAUAGUUGGGAGCACAAUUGAUAGGCAGCAGCAUUUCACAAGACCAGGAACUCACAGAUAUGAUUAGAGGGUUCCCAAACACCAAAGGGGAUUUACAGACCAUUCAUAUAACGAAAAUGUGACGCCUUUAUUCUUUGAUUUGAGCCAAAUCCACGACCGAUGUUGAAUCACAUCCAGCGCAGAAGAAGCAUCAAUCUGUCCUUCCUUAAAGAUCACCUUAUUACGGAAGGACCAUAUGUAUCCUAUUGCAGCCAGCCAAACAAUACUCACUCCCUGCAUUCUAUCUCUGCCAUAACAGCCAGCUUGGCUUUGAAGAAAAUGUGACUUGCCCUCACUUGGUAGAACCGUGUGAAUGCAAGCCACCUGUAAAUCUGAGACCAGAUUUUCCAAGAGAUAGCACAGGUAAAGAAAAGAUGGGAUGCUGAUUCCUCAGCCAAAGAGCAAAGAGAACAAGAUGCUUCAGAGGCAUUGUUUAAGAGGCCUCUUGUCGUUUGAUUGAAUGCGAUUGUGGAGAAGUUUCCAAGCGAGUGAAAUGGUAUUUGAAGGGGCCCUCAAGGCCCAUAACUGAUGAAAAACUCUCUGUUGAAUCCCCUAAUUCCCCAUGAGCUUGAACUACUUCUUUCACGAACUGCCCGAAGUUCGGUGGGUACUUCCUGAUUCAUAUUUGAAUGUUAAAGAAAAAGAUUAUGGAGGUGAGCCGUUUAUUAAUGGGGAAGCAGUUCCUUAUGAUCCCAAGUAUCAUGAAGAAUGGGUUAGAAACAAUGCUAGAGCAAAUGAUAGGAACAAUCACAAUAACACGCCAAGAAGGAAGGAGAAUGUGGGGAACAAGGAUUAUCAGACUAGGCCUUUAAUGCCAAAUGCUGGUGGACCUCCAACUGAUCAAGGAGGGUUCCCUCCCAACAAUGUACGUGGAUUCCCUCCUAACAAUGCAGGUGGACAUGCUUAUCCCCGUCCAGGCAACAUGGGAGCCCCCUCCCAGCAACCCCGGUGGAUACCCUCCUAACAACCAAGCAGGUCCAUACCCUCCUAACAACCAAGGAGGUGCUUACUCUCCUAACAACCGGGGAGGCACUUACCCUCCUAAUAACACUGGAGGUGCUCCUCCUAACAAUGCUUAUGGUUCAAAUGCAGGGUAUCCUCCAAACCAGAAUAACUAUGCUGGCAACAUGGGAGGGGUGCCACCAAACCAGAAAACAUGGGAGGGUAUCCCCAAAAUGCAGGUUGGUCAAACAAUGCUCCCACUAGGGACACUUUAAGCAGGGAUUUUGGAGUAUCAGUUGGUGGUAACACAUAUAAGACCACUUUGUUUGUCACUUGUCAAACUUAGCCGUCUAAUAUGUUAUAUGAUUGAU